AUGCCUAUCAUCCCUGCUCGUCAAGCUGUGGCCUUUGAGGUCAAGGCCGGCCAGACUGUCAAGGUUAUCAACACCUUUGGGCAGCAGGUGGUCGACUUUUGGGCAUUCAACCCUGCUGACCCUAAUGACUUUCUAUCAAUGGUACACUGCAGAACGAUUCUGCUCAAAGUUGCCAUUGCCAAGGGCGACAAGCUGUACAGCACCCGGCGGCAGCCAAUCCUUACAUUGGUUGAGGAUACUUCUCCCGGAGUGCACGAUAUGAUCUGGUCCGCUUGUGACAAGGAGAGGUAUCGUAUGCAAAGCUUCCAGGGAUACCAUGAUAAUUGUACCGACAAUAUGCACAAGGCUCUUAAGGAUAACUUUUCCAAAUUCUCUAUCGCCGAUGACUGGGUCCCUGAUCCCCUCAAUCUAUUCAUGAACAUUCCUAUCGAUCACCAGGGGAACAUUUCAAUUAAAGCACCUGUCAGUCAGAAAGGCCAGUAUGUUGCCUUCAGAGCUGAGAAGGAUCUGAUUAUCGUGAUGAGUUCAUGCCCUCAAGACUUAGAUCCCGUCAACGGUGGUACACCCAUGGAUUGUGAGUAUCAAAUUGUUGAUGGCGAUGCGCCCUCAACUGCUCUGGUACCGCAGCCCACACCUCCCUCUCGCAAGGUCAAAAUCGCAUUUUCAGUAGACUUUGACGCGGUAUCACAUUGGCUUGGAACAGGCUGCCACAAAGACAAUAACAUGGCUGAUUAUAGCUCUGGCGUAUUCGCCGGCCAGGUUGGUGUAUUCCGUCUUCUUCGCUUAUUUAAGAAGCACGACAUUGCCAAUAAGAUGACCUGGUUUAUCCCCGGACAUACAGCAGAGACUUUUCCUGAUGCCGCCAAAGCUGUGGUUGAGGCUGGUGCUGAGGUCGCGCUGCACGGUUACGCCCAUGAGGGCAUCUAUCAAAUGACUGAAGAACAGGAGCGUGAGGUCUUGCUGAAGUGUAUCGAUGUUGCAACUAAGCUCACAGGCAAGAAGCCCAAGGGUUAUCGCGCUCCCAUGUACACCAUUCGGGAGACUACGGUCAAGCUGCUGAGAGAGCAUGGAUUCCUUUACAACUCAUCUUUAAUGCAUCACGACUCUCAGCCAUACUUUACACCAAAUGAUCCCCCAAUUAAGCAUAUUGACUGGUCCAAGCCAGCUUCAUCGUGGCUGCAGCCUUCAGCCAUUGCCUCGCAAGGAUACCCUGAGGGCCAGCACCCCCUGGUUGAGUUACCUUGCGGUUGGUAUAAUGAAGAUAUGAUGCCGAUGAUGUAUCUUCCUCACCUCCCCAACAGUAUGGGCUACGUGUCGACAUCAGUCGUCGAGCAAAUGUGGAAGGACAAGUUUAUGUGGCUCUGGGAGCAAGGCACUCUCGAGGGCACCGACGCUGCCGACUUCAUUUUCCCCAUCCUCGUUCAUCCCGACGUAACUGGGCUGGCUCACAUUAUUGGAAUGGUUGAUCGGUUCAUUGGCUGGCUAAAGGGCUUUGGUGAGGCGGUGGAGUUUUGCAAGUGCGAGGAUAUUGCCGCUGCCUGGCUGACAUGUCAGGAACGGGCACGUAAACAAUGA